CUGUAUUUUCUUUUUCUUAUGGGGGUUGACAAAGUAAGCUGAGGUCGGAGUGGUGGGUGCUAAUGGACAAGAGAGUUCUGGUGCUUUUGCCCAGGCCUGGAGAGACAGAGGGCAGCUCUGAUAUAAAGGAGAAUGGUGAGAGACUCAGACUUCCAACCCACACGAGUGGCUCUCUUUUGAACCCUGUGCUUGCAACCCCCAAUGCCCACACCCUCAGUGCUAUCAGUCUAAGAGUAAGGGAAGCAUAGAAAGAGAAAGAAGAUAGUGGAGGAGAAAGACAGAGGUCUGUGGUUUUCUUCUACCAAAGAAGAAAACCAGAAAUGGCUUCUGAUGAACCCAAAUCCAUAGGUGACAUGGGAUUGUUUGCUCCACCACCACCUCCAUCUCCGGGGGCCAUGGAAUGUUUGGGUGGUGAACGAGCUUGGGGGUUUCAGGGUUUGGCAGGGGGGAAAGACUAUCAUGAAGGUGAGCAGAACAGCAGCCUAGGUGAGGAAGCUGAAGGUGGUGAUGACACCAACCAUGAGAGUGGCCAGCAGCACAAGCUUUGUGUUAGGGGUCACUGGAGGCCUGCUGAGGAUGCGAAGCUCAAGGAGCUCGUGUCUCAGUAUGGCCCCCAGAACUGGAACCUGAUUGCUGAGAAGCUAGAAGGAAGAUCUGGGAAGAGCUGCAGGCUGAGGUGGUUCAACCAGUUGGACCCAAGGAUCAACAGGAGUGCCUUCAGCGAGGAAGAAGAGGAGAGGCUUUUGGCUGCGCAUAGGCUUUACGGCAACAAAUGGGCACUGAUUGCUAGGCUCUUCCCUGGCAGGACAGACAAUGCAGUCAAGAAUCAUUGGCAUGUCAUCAUGGCCAGGAAGCACCGGGAGCAGUCCAAUGCUUACAGGAAGCGGAAGGCCUCCAACCUUCCCUCCCUUGGCCCUCCCCCAGCUCAGGCCAUCCUGUCCAGGAGGAUGGAGGUGAACACCAUCAUCCACGCUUGCAGUGGUGAGUCCACCAUCACGAGCGCCAGAGAUGAAUCUGCUUCCACUUGCACAGACCUCUCCCUCACUUCCUUCACCAGCAGGGCUUUCCCAAACCUCCUCUACAGAUCCUGCCCAACCUACCAGCCAACACAUCCCUGUGAUAUCUCCAUUGUUAAGGAUGGGAAGGUCCACCCUGCAAGGAAUGGAUGCCACGACAAGUUUGGUGAUGCUGGUCGUGGCUUUUUCUCUGGAGUUGCUCCCAUGGAGUUGGUUCCUGGGGCUGAUCAAGCUGCUUACUCUUGUUCAACCACGGAGGCCUCAGCGAGUGGCACAGUGGUCUACCACAGGCGCAAUGCUUGGCCCCAAGCUGAACCUGAUCAUGGAAGGGAGAAGAUUAGGAUACCCUUCAUAGAUUUCCUAGGUGUUGGUGCAACAUAGGAAGAGGGUGACAGGGGAGGAGAGUCCAAUGAAAGAGAUUGGAAAUUUUGUGAAACCAGUUCUACUGAGACCUUUAAUCCUAGUAAGAUUCCAUGUUCA